UUUUGUUUCUUUGCCGUCCGACCAUCACUUUAUACUCUACAUCAUGGCCGACGCACCUGAAAUGAAGGCUACUCAGCAAGAGUUAAAGAAGGCUCGCAUUCCUAUUGAAUACCGCGACUAUUGUGCACAUCUCUUGAUCCCGCUCAACAAGUGCAGAGGCGAAACAUUCUACCUCCCCUGGAAGUGUGAGAACGAGCGUCACGAAUAUGAGAAGUGCCAAUACGAUGAUUAUAAGCGUCGUAUGGUUGCCCUCAAGAAGGCAAAAGAAGACGAAGAAUAAAAAAAGGGAGAAGACGAUAAAAAUACCAGUCGAUUUACUUUACUUAUAGAGGAUGCGCACCGUUGAUUUUCAUAUUAUAUGUAUGUAUAUAUUUAUAUAUAUAUAUGGGUGUGUAUGUGUGUUGCAUAUAUCCAUACACUGUACAAAAGACAGAUGAAAUCAAAGUCGAAAAGAGAGAUAUAAUUGGAAAUUUAUUUGAGAAAUACGGUGUAUAUGUAUGUAUGUAUCUGUCUGUACUUGUGUUUGUGUUUGUUUCUGGGCUUGUGUUUGUGUGCUAUUUCGAAUGGAAAUAAACCAACUUUGCGGUGUAUU